AUAGGUAUUAGCUAUUUAAAUAAAUUUUAUAUGAGUAGGUAAUACUUUUUUAAUUUCAUUACUAUUUUUAAAUUAUCGUUUUAAUUUUAUCUAAAACAAAUUAUCAUCGCCGCAGUUCUAUUUUUUUAUUAUUUUACUAAAUCCAGACGAUGUUUACAAAAUUAAUCAGAAACAGACUUUUUUAAUAAAAAGAAGAAAACUAUAACCUUAGAUUUUCUCACAUUUUUGUAGGGGUAUUAUUAACGAUUUAAAAUGAACGUUAUUAAUGCCAAGUGGAAGCCUGUUCCAAUAGAUAGAAAAUUAUUUGCUGAAGGAUUAAUCGGCAUAGAAGAAUGCACGGAGUAUGGACAAAAUGAAUUUAAUAAAAAAGGGAGUGUAGAAACAAAUUUAACAGUAGUCGAUAAUGGUACAGUUUUAAAGAAAAAAAGAAAAACCGAAAUACAAAACCAGCCAAAGAAAAAACAAAAAAUCCAAGAAAAUGAUUUCAGGCCCUCUCAAAACGGAAAUACUUCAGAAAUCGAAGAAACAUCUGUUUCAAGUGAAACAAAACAAUGCAAUUUAGAUGCUUGGUCCAGUUUUGGUUUUCCUUCCACAAUUUUAAGAGCUAUCGGAGAAUUAGGAUUUUCAGAGCCCACUGCUAUUCAAAAACUGACUUUACCUCCCGCAAUUUUAGGUAGAAAAGAUAUUGUGGGCGCAGCUGAAACAGGCAGUGGAAAAACUCUGGCAUUUGGGUUGCCGAUACUAAUGGGAAUUUUAAGAUUAAAAGAAAAUCAAACUGAAUCUUCACUUGUAAAGGAUGACAUCUCUGAUGAAUCCGAUAUUGAAGAUAGUAUUAAUGAAACGGAUUUGGAUUUAAAGAAAACAGUAAACUUGAAACCACUGUAUGCUCUCAUUUUAACACCAACUAGAGAAUUGGCCAUGCAAAUAAAGAAUCAUAUAACUGCGAUUGCCAAGUAUACAGGAAUAAAUGUAGUUGUUGUGGUGGGUGGCAUGGCAGCUGUAAAACAAGAAAGAAUUUUAUCUAAAGGGCCUGAAAUAGUAGUGGCCACCCCUGGACGAUUGUGGGAAUUAAUACAGCAAGGCAAUUUACAUCUGUCUCAAAUUGAUAAUAUUAGAUUUUUGGCUAUAGAUGAAACCGAUCGUAUGCUAGAAAAGGGCCACUUUCAGGAACUGAACGAUUUACUAGAACGCAUCAAUCUUGACAAAGACAAAUUGAAACUACGUCAAAAUUUUGUAUUUUCCGCCACUCUAACUCUGGUGCACGAUUUGCCGAAUUAUUUGAAAAACAAAGGCCAAAUUAAAUCUAAAAAGAUCGCUAACAUGACUCCCGAACAGAAAUUGAAAAAAAUCGUGGACGCGUUGGGGUUGAAUGAUCCGAAAAUAGUCGAUAUUUCAGAGGGAAAAGGCACCUCUGAAACGCUUACCGAAUCCAGAAUAACUUGCAGGAUCGACGAAAAAGAUUUGUACCUGUUUUAUUUCAUCAAAAGACAUCCCGGUAGGACUUUGGUGUUUUGCAACUCUAUCGGUUGCGUCAAGAGAUUGACAGCAUUAUUGACGCUUCUCAAUUGUCAUCCGCUUCCUUUGCACGCUUCCAUGCAGCAACGGCAACGUUUGAAAAACAUUGAAAGAUUUAGUAGUAUCGAAAACAGCAUUCUAAUAGCGACAGAUGUCGCCGCUAGGGGUCUAGAUAUCCCCCAAAUAGAUCACGUGUUGCAUUACCAAACGCCUAGAACGAGUGAGAAUUACGUACAUAGAUCAGGUAGAACCGCAAGAGCAUCACGUGAAGGCAUAUCUGUUGUAUUUAUAGAACCCACUGAAAUUCGAAGAUAUAUAAAACUGUGUAGGACUCUAGGAAAAGCCGAAGACAUGCCGAUAUUCCCGGUACAAGAGAACAUUUUGAACGCUGUUAAGAAGAUGAUAAAUCUAGCCAGAGAAUUGGAUAAACUGCAAUUGCAAGUAAAAAAGGCCAAUACAGAAAUGGGCUGGCUUCAAAAAGCCGCUGAUGACAUGGACGUGAUCGUAGAUGAUUUUUCAAGAAAAUACGAUACAAAAGAAACCCAAAGAUACAAAAAAUUAUUGGACUUCAAAAAGAAACAGUUGGCUUCGCUGUUAAGCAUGCCGAUUAUUCCUAAAGGUUUUAGCGGGAAACAUCCGUUGUAUUCAAGCGCUUUGGGGUCGUUUAAUGAAGCUAAAAACAACGAAAACGCUUUGGAUUUGGUCAAGGGCGCGGCGCCGAAGAAUUCGCAAGAGAAGCAUAAAAAUAGGCGGUUGUUUAAGCCGAAAAAUCGGGAAAAACAAACCGGACAUCCUAUUAGUUAUAAACUAACGAAUACCAAAAAAGGGGUUGAAAAGAAUAAAAAGAAUAGAAAAAAUAAACGAUGAAUGGUGUUAAAA